UUCUGGACAAGCUGUGGUGACUUGCCUCUACCGGUGCGACAGAGUUGGUCUUCAACAUCUCCAUGGCAAGUAGUAUUCAAUAUACAUUGCAAUACUGGACAUUUUAUACACACCUACAAAUAACACCCAGACGAGAUAUUUCUGUAUCUCGAAAAGGUGUCUACAAAUAACAGUACAGCCCACUAGGUUCGAUACAGGGCCAACCCUAAAUCCAUAAUCUAUCCCUUUCCUGUAAUAAUCUCUGUACCCUUAGUACAGAAAGGGCCUUCUCUCGGGAUGUACGGCCCUAAUCAUCAGCAAGGCCAUGCCUCGCGCCUCAAUGGCGUUCCUGGGGGUCGCGGAAUUGGACCACAAAUGAUGUACAACUUUGUCCAACAACAAAAUUCCCAACACCAUCAUACACAUCCCCAGCAGCACCAUCAAAAUAUACCACAAGAUCAUUCAGCCCAUACUACCUCCGCCACCCUUACACACUCAACUUUCUCCUCCGGACUCAUGUCCAAUGUAACACCCUUCACCCCCAGUAGCCAUCAAAACGGAAAUACCCCAGGUUCUCGUGGCGGACAAGCCCAGCAAUAUAGCGAGCACUGGAACGAGCAGCUCAGAUCGUACAAGGAGUCCGAACGGGCCCAUCAGACAAUGACAGAAGCCCAUCAACCUCAUUACUUUGCUCGGCUCAGGGCCAGUGAAAAUAAGGGUAUUGGACCAGUGCUCACGAGCGCCAACUCGGCUGAUGCUACGGAUGGAGAACUAGAAGACAGGGGCCGACCCGUUAAUGUCGAUAAGGCCCUUGAUCGACAAGAUUGGUUAAAUCUCGAUUUCAGUGGGCAAGGGCUCAAGAACAUCUCUACAAUGCUUUUCGACCACUAUGCCUUCCUUACGGAGCUAUACCUGGCUUCGAACAAUUUGACCCGACUACCACGCGAGAUCGGCCAGCUUCGAUCAUUGCGAUAUCUCGAUAUAUCCCACAAUCAGCUGACUUCUCUGCCACCUGAGUUGGGCAUGUGCACACCUCUGCGCCAGUUGCUUUUGUACAAUAACCUCAUUCAGACUAUCCCCCCGGAGCUUGGCGCUUUACAUUUUCUCGAGUUGCUUGGCAUUCAAGGCAAUCCGCUAGAACAGGACCAGAAGCAAAAGCUCGUCGAGGAGGGUACAAAGGCCUUGAUCGCUCAUCUCAAAGAGCAAGCCCCAGUUCCUAUCCCGCCAAACCCACGUGUGCCCAUCACUAUUCAGGAGGAUGUCGGCUCCGACAAGGAACGUAUCCGCAUCCUGUCCUGGAACACCCUUUGUGACAAGUAUGCUACCAGCACGCAGUAUGGUUACACGCCUGCGAGCGCCCUCUCUUGGGAAUAUCGUAAAGAGAGCAUCAUUCGCGAGUUUCGGGAGAGAGAUGCAGACGUCAUGUGUCUCCAAGAGACAGCCAUGGACGCAUUCGAUACAUUCUUCACCCCCGAACUUGCAAAGUACGGUUAUAAGGGCGUUUUCUACCCGAAAACCCGUGUCAAGCACUUGACAGGAAAGGAUCAGCAGUCGGUUGAUGGUUGCUCCAUCUUCUAUAAAGCUAACAAAUACAUCAUGUUAGACAAGCAAUUAGUUGACUUCCGACAGACAGCCAUCAACCGACCCGACAUGAAGUCCGCGGAUGACGUGUUUAACCGAGUAAUGCCGAAAGACACUAUUGCUGUCUACUGCUUCUUCGAGUCACGUUUUACCGGCAAUCGGUUCAUUGUUGUCAAUGCGCAUUUGUGUUGGGAAUCCUUCCUAGCAGACGUGAAGGCCGUUCAAACAGGAAUUCUUAUGGAGCUUGUCACAAAGCAAUCUGAAAAAUAUACUCGAAAGCCAGCUUGCACUGUGGAGGAAAAGCAGCUUGCUAGACCCUCUACAGCAGAAGGGGAUGCAGAUAACUCUGCCGAGGAGUGUCCAGAUAUUGUUGCCAGCCAAGAAUAUCGCACUAAUACCGAUAUACCCUUACUUGUCUGUGGCGACUACAAUUCCAUGGCGGACAGCUCUGUAUACGAGUUACUGGAGAAGGGUCGGAUCCCCCCCGACCACCCAGAUCUAAUUGGCCACUCUUACGGCAACUUCACACGGGAUGGCAUUGAGCAUCCAUUCAGCUUACGCAACGCCUAUGCUCAUCUCUUCGGGACCCCCGACGAACUCACGUUCACCAACUACACCCCAACAUUCUCCGGGGUAAUCGACUACAUCUGGUAUACUACUAAUACACUGGAUGUUGUGGAAUUGCUAGGACCACCUGAUUAUGAGUAUCUCAAACGAGUCCCAGGCUUUCCAAACUACCACUUUCCAGCCGAUCACAUACAUAUCAUGGGCGAUUUCGUCUUCAAGUCCCGGAAAGACAAGAAAGGGAUUACCGAUCAGGACAAGACCGGCAGUAUGGCAAAGCCUUGACUCUAAACUCAGACUAGCAACCCCCACGAGAAUUGAAUAUAACAACUCACAUACAUCUUUGAACCCCUAGUCCUAGGAGCCCAUGAAAUGUAGCUGGAUUCAACUAGGCAGCAAUAACAGGAAUGCCUUAUGCCAAUUGCAUUUCAAAGGGGCAUUGGGGAGGAACCAUUAGUUGUA